AUGGAAAUCGUGUUUGCCAACGUGGACGAAGUGGAGCCCGCGCGCUCGCUCGCACUCAUCGACACAUGCACGGGCCUGCUCACCGCCAUUGCCACGCUCAUGCGGGGUGUGUCUGGUGAUGACCUUUGCGUGGACAGCCCCGUGUCUGCCGUUGUGUUUGCGCUGAAUCGCGUGUUCGUUGUUGAUCACGACACCGUCGCCACCUGCCAGGCUCGCCUCCAACGCCGCGUCCUCACAGCAGCAAUUGCGGAUGUGCACGAGUGCGCCUGGGCGGCCGUGUCAGCACUCAUCGAAUCCCACAAGGAUAUUCUCCUUCCAAUCUCCUCGUCCAUCUUCACCGCUGCACACAAGGUGGAUGGAUAG